AUGACGUCAUCAGGUCCCAUCGGAGGUAAAAUUAGGGAAGAGGAAGAAAGAGAAAGAUUAGAAGAAGAAAGGCGCAUACAGCAAGAAGAACGGUUAAGGGAAGAAAUGAGAAGAAGAGAAGAGGAACGCAGGAGGGAGUUGGAAAGACGUAAACAGGAAGAAGAGAGAAAGAGACAAGAAGAAUUGGAAAAGGAGUUAGAAAUAAUUAGGGAGGAAGAGAGAAAGAAACAAGAAAAAAUUCGAGCCGAAGAGAAGAAAAAACAGGAUGAUGCGAGAAGAGAAUUAGCGAGAGCUACAAUGGUGGCAGAUGCGAACAAUAUCCAUGAAUUUAAACUGAAACCUGUCAUGUUCCCGCCAGCAACAACAGAGAGGCAACAUGCAAUCGUAGACAUGUUAAAACACGCAUGGAAAGGAUACAAGCGUUAUGCGUGGGGACAUGACCAUCUCAAGCCUAUCAGUCAGACGUACCACGAUUGGUUCGGACUGGCCCUCACCAUAGUGGACGGCUUGGACACUCUGUGGAUAAUGGGACUACAUGAUGAGUUCAAAGAAGGCAGAGACUGGGUUUCCAGUCGAUUGUCUGUCUCCUUCAACGAGUUCCAUGACGUGAAUCUUUUUGAGGUGACCAUUAGAGUGCUGGGUGGUCUGCUCAGUGCCUACCAUCUCUCAGGGGAUGAAGUGUUCCUGGAGAGGGCGAUGGGACUGGCAGAGAGACUGAUGCCAUGUUUCACCAAGUCGCCCUCAGCUAUUCCCUUUUCUGACGUGAACCUCGCCUCUCGUCUUGCUCAUUCACCUAAGUGGUCGCCAGAUAGCAGCACCUCUGAGGUCACUACGCUGCAGCUUGAGUUCCGAGACCUCAGCAGGUCUUGUCAUGACUACUCUUUUGAGGACAUAGCAUUCCAAGUGACUGAACAUGUCCAUGUACUGGAGAAGACUGAUGGUUUAGUUCCUAUCUUCAUUAACCCCAACACUGGAAACUUCCAUGAAAACACUGAAAUUAAACUAGGCGCUAGAGGUGACAGUUACUAUGAAUAUCUGCUCAAACAGUGGAUCCAGACUGGGAAAACACAUGAGUUCCUGAAGGAGGAUUAUUUGAAGGCAGUCGCAGGAAUCAAGAAACGCCUUGCGAAGCGCACACCUACUAAAAACUUGCUGUUCAUUGGAGAGCUUAAGAGUUCUGGCGGCAGGGAAUUUGUUCCUAAAAUGGACCACCUGGUGUGUUUUGUGCCUGGCAUGUUGGCGUUGGGGGUUCACUAUGGGAUGCCGGAAGAGCACUUGUCCAUGGCUGUGGACCUAAUGGACACUUGUUACCAGACAUAUGCUCAGAGACCUACGUUCCUAGCUCCAGAGAUUACGUUCUUCAACUUCAAGCCAAACAAGGAGGAUGAAAGUCAGCCAGAUAUGUAUGUCAAAACCAACGAUGCACACAACUUGCUGCGGCCAGAGUUUAUAGAGAGCCUGUGGUACAUGUGGGUGGUCACAGGCAAUUCUACCUACCAGGACUGGGGCUGGAACAUAUACAAGGCAUUCGAGAGGUACACCAAAGUCCCUGAUGGCGGCUACACAUCCAUCGGCAAUGUCAACAACCCUCUAGACACCAGACCACGAGACAUGAUGGAGUCUUUCUUCAUCAGCGAGACGAUCAAAUACUUCUAUCUUCUAUUCUCAGACAACAGGAAACUGGUGGACAUUGAUAAAUGGGUGAUGAACACCGAAGGACAUCCCUUGCCGAUAUACAAGUCGUGACGAAAUAACUCCGUUAGCCCCUAGUCCAAUGUGAAUUCACAUCUAGCUUUUGCAGUCCAUCUAUUAAUAGUACAAAUUCGGCCUAUAGCGAAUUGUUGACUAAGAUAAUUGCUAGACACAAUUUUAUAAGCUGAGAAAACUCAAGCUUUUAGGUAAUUAUUUGAUCUGACUACAAGGAAUUGUAGCAAAUCGAUCUGAGAUGUGUUAGUAGUUAGGAUAUACAUGUGAGAUGAUGGUUUUUUGGUUCAGUUGGAAUGAAAGCCUAUUUUUGCUCAAGGUGAAAUUUAAGUGCAGUUACAAAGAUUAAAAUAUAUUUUUAGCAAAAGAAAGGCUGACUAAAAAACUUAUUGGCUUUAGGGUUCAGGGUUUUGGAUUAUGUAGGGGAUUUUUGUUUGCCUUGGUGGAAACAACAGAACUUCUGGGUCAUUUGGUAUCAGUGGAUUAUUUGAGCAAAUUUUGCCUGUUAAAGCUUUGUUUUCACGAGAUGUGUCGUGGCUUGUCGUGUUGUGAAAGGCCUAGAUCUGCCAUUUGUCAAGUAUAAUGUUAGAACCGUUUUUCUGUCUUGCAAAUCAUCAGAUGACUCUACAUCUGAAGACCCCUCGAGGUCAUCUAUAAUUGGACAAAACAUGAGAACGACGCUUUAGACACAAAAUACAUAUCUCGCUAAGGACAGGUCUGAAGCCCAAUUAGCUACUAUGCUUAGUAGAUUUCAUAAAAAAUAUUACAAAAACCUAAUCAUCUCACAGAGUUGAUUCUGAACAUGAUCACAAGGCUGUUUAAAUGACUGCUAAUAGUUCAAAUUAAGGUGGCCUAACUGUUGGUGCAUGUAAUAGAAUGUUCAUUCACAAAUACUCUACAUUAAUAGUUACUUUUCGUGCAAUAUAGGUCCUACGGUUCUUACCAUACUUUGUUAAGUUUAUUUCAUUUUAUUUGUCUGUUGUCAUUUAAUUUCGAUAAAUAGUUUUUGUAGGCUUCUGUAAUGAGUGUACUAUGUAGAGCGGAUAAUCUUCAUUCUUGUUUUCAUUUAAACACAUAUUUAAAGACGAUACUUUUACUACUCAGUUUUCUAGGUAAUAAAUAGAUGAACAGAACUUUUUCUGUAAUUAACACGUUCACUGCGGGCGUAUCUGAUCGGAUGUGGGCCGAGCGCUGUUCAGGUGCUGCCGUAACCGAUCGGAUACGCUCGGCAAUGCCUGUCGUAUAUCUUCGUUUUUGCUAUAGCGUCGGUUGAAGGCGGACCUAUACCACGUUAGCGUGUAGUGGGUGACUUGAUUUUUGUUGUGUUGUAGGUUGGUAGUAAAAUUUCCCCAUAAAAUCCCUGUCUGGCAAACUUAAAAAUCAACUUGUUGUUCCGUCUUUCUCCCUUCCAAUUGGCAAUACAAUGGGACCUGCUACGUUCCAAGCAGUGCUGCUAUCUGUGAGUGCUUAGUGAACUACGUCGACUCUUGUUAUAAAGCAGGACAUCACCGCAUGUUAUUUGCUAUUUGUCAUACCGAAAUAUGAGAGCCAAUCACCCGGCAAUCGGGUUUGUUCGACGCUGCGGGCUGCGCCGCACUGGGGCUACGCCUGCCAUAUGAUGGCCCGCAGCGAACGUGUUAAUUAGUUAUCAGUAUUAAAUAUGAAGUAAGUAGUUUAAUUGCACUGCCUGAGCUUUGCAGGACCUAUUUUUAUGAUUACUAGUCCCACACUCGUAAUUUUACAUUUAUGUUUCCAAACAAAAUAGUUUGUGUAGUUUAAACUAGUAUCAACAAUUUUCAUAUAAUAGUUCCUUGAUUAAAAUCCAAAGAACAGUCAUGGCUAAAAGAAGUUCCCCAUGUGAUUAGUUUCUAAUUAUCCUUUGUCACAUUACUUUUGUAAUGGACUAUUUUAAAACGUUUUAAAAAACAAAAUAAACCUAGGCGACUAGGGUUAUAAAUCUGUAUGGUGGAAUUUGUUCAUUAUUGUAAUAAUUUGUUAUGCUUGGUUUACUGAGUACGUGUUAAAUAUUCAGUUAAACAAUUAAUUAGGCCUAAUCUAAGUUUUAAUACUUUUACUUAUGUAGGGCAGACUCAACAAGUAUAUCCAUUGUUAUACUAGCGUCUCAUGGUUCUGGUCAGAAACCGAUGGGGAGUUUCAUUUUCUGCGAAGGAGUGGGGGAUUGUGGGAGAGACCCUCACGUUCAUUAUAAAAUUAAACUGUCAUAACCUAACCUAACCAACCAAACUUGCUGAUAAUAUAAAAAAGAUAUAAGAUUGAAUGAAGGUUUACUAAUCGAAAAAAUAGUUCUGUUCAUAAAAUAAAAUUAUAAAUUCCUCAAAUUCUAACAAAAGAUUUUCAGUUAAAAAGUAAUUGCAUUCUAAGCAAAAUCUUUGACAAAAAGUUAGUGUCACCGGUGGGACUUGUUCUGGAUACCUCAGGAACAUUAGCCGAGUUCUCUAUCCACUACACCACGGACACCAAUAGCUGCACUGCGUAUCGUUGCUGUAAUGGUGUUCUCUCAAGAGAAGAGAGUGAUGUCACGCCCCCCACUCCUUCGCUAAAGAGGUUCUCAUCGGUUUCUGACCAGGAACCAGAGACGCUAUACAUAGUCAUAGGAACAAUGAUUCUACUAAUAUUGAUUAUGAGAAGUAUAAUAACAAUUAUCAAUACAAUACUUCUUAUUCUUAUUGAUUAAAGUGACUAAGACAAGUUAUUGUUCAGGGUUUCUUUUGCUCAUAUUGUUUUAUUUGUUAUUGAAGUAUUCUGUGUUUUGUUUAUGUCUUUUACAGCUAGAGUUCGUUGUGUAUUGUUAUUUUCCUGUUGCUAUAUUGAUUUUGUGACUUCUUUUGUUUGUUUUUCUUCAAUCUUUGUUUCUUAUAGUGGAUGUUAUAGUUGACAGACAUAACUUUUAUGUAUGUAAAUAUAAAUAAUACCAGAACCAAUGAUAAUGUUGUGUUUAAGUGUCUUUUUUAUAGUUUUUGUUUGUUUGGUGAUAUUUGAAUUGCAUAGUAAUCCAUACUUGUGUGACGAAACUAAGAGAUAUUCUGCCGAAAUAAAAGCUAGAUGUGAAUAUGAUACCAAUACGUUUAAUAAAUUUGUGUAUACUUAAAAGGUGUGAUAUAAUGUUUUGGGCUUUGACAGAUCUCUUGUUAUUGAGGUUCUCUCAAAGGUCAAAAUCUUACUGUGUUUGUAUUCUUAACUUUGUUGAUAUAUUCAAGAUGUUAGGAAGCUACUAAAGUUAAUACACUGUGUUUAUUAGUGUGUGAUAUCACUAUAAUAGUUUUAAUAGUGCGAAAACUAUCUUAUAAAAAACAAGAAUCUCUAAUCUAGAUCAAUAAUUAUACAGAAUCUGUAAUCUCUAAUCUGAAAAAGCUUUACAUUUUGUAGCAAUAAUUAGUGAUAUAGAAAAAUGUUAAUUCUGAUUUUUUUCCAAGCAAAAGUGUUCUGUUCACAAUGUAAACAAAUAAAUUUUCUGUUUACCCUGAUAAUAAUAUUGUAACUACAAUUUAUCAAGAAUAUCUAUUUUAGAAAAACAUUUUAUUGUUAUUCUAAACUUUUGUAGGCCUAAUUGUGAAAUAAUUUUUGUUACUAGCAAAUUGAUGUUUUCUUUACUUUAAGAAAACUCAUAUAUUUUCAAAGGAAAGAGGUUUUUGGAAUUUCACUGUGUACAAUCAUUGAGGAAGUGUUCUCUGUCUGUUUAGGUUGGGUCAUCAUUGGCUAAAGUUUCAGUGCCGAAGUUCAAGAUCCCAAUCUCUUGUGUGAACCUUGAUUUACACUAAGGUGCAGCUUUUCAAAUGGCUAGAGGGAGAUUCAAUUCCUCCCAAUUACUAAUGGCAAUUUCCCCCCUCAUAAUGCUGUUUCAAAGCUCAAAUUAAGGUGUUGCCCUUUAGGAAAAAGGUAAUACCUCUUAGCCAGAGAAAAGGGUGUGUUUUUUCAUUGGCAUCACUUCUCAAAAGUUCUACUGUAAAUUCUUUUUUUGAAGACUUCCAAAACCUAACCUUUGUCCCAAAAUGUAUUUUGUGUUACACUUCCCCUGGCUAGGCUACGUUAGCACUGACCUAAUAAAAAAAAGUACAAGAUCUAUUAACUUGUUUAGCAAUAUUCUUGUAAUUUUAACUUGAAAGUAUGUUGAAAAAAUGUUUUGCCUUGGUUUUUAUGAUUUUAUCUCUGACACACACUGUUAAAGGGGUUUCAUGAAAAUUAGCUCUUGUUUGAGGCUUUUGUAUAAAGUUUUUUAGUAUGUUCUCUAAAAUGUGUUUUAUAAUUUGUUUAAAAUUUUUUGGUGUUUAUACAUAUUUUUGUUAUCCCAUAAGUUUUGUUAGAUACAUUACGAGAGGGACCUACCCGAAACCAAAAGAAGGAUAUUUCUUGGUUUUCCCUACUAAAAGCCAUAAAAUAGUUUAAUCAACUUUUAAAUAAAAUCUGUAACGUUAAUUUUGGUACAAAUAUUUUUCAUCGUUUUGCUAAAAUGUUUACAACUUUUCCAUUAUACAGUUCUGUAAAAGUAUGCUUAAUUUGUCCGAUGGGUAAAAACUGUAUGCAAACUCCCUGUAAGAUGUAUAAUUUUAUUAAGUUUCUUAAACUACCUUCACCUUCAAUAAGCUGUCUACAUUUUUGUUUAAUCUCACUGAGGUCUUCUCAUUUUAAUAUCUUUUGUUUAUAUUUUACUUCUAAAAAUGGCUGUGUAAUGUUGUAAAGUAGUUGUACUGCCUUUACACAUCUGUUAUUGGAUCUGCUAUGUUUAGUUCUAAGUCCUCUGUUAAAGUAAAGAGACCAUGUAUUAUAGCAACAAAGUUAGGCAAUGUAAGGUGGCAUUUUCACUACCCUAGUCCAAUUCAGACUCUGUUGUAAGAGUCUUAGCUAAAGAACUGUUCGUACUUAGGUGAUUGUUGAUUGUUGUACAGUUGUACCAUAUUUAUGAGGAAUUGUGUACAGUUAGUAAAUAAAUAAAUUUAUGUUAAAAACUCA